UUACUUUUUUUUUUUUUUGUUCUUUUGGAGGGAUUCAUGUUAGAAUUAGAAGGAGACAAGAGACACUUAUCCCUCCAGCUUUCUCUCCCACCCUUUCAAAAUUCCCUCCCUCCAACCAAACAUAGUGAUCUUAUUACUCUCCACUUUCUCUCCCUUCCUACUCUAAAUCCACUAUUGUAGAAGAGGUUUUUGCUCAGUAAUGGGAGGAACAACUAUGUUGGAGUUAUUUGAAGUUGGGCCAUGCAAAGAUGCUUACCAAAUGGGCUUUCUAAUAGGCCAAAGAUUUACAAACCAGAUUAGAAGCAGGUUGGCUAAUGAUCUCAUUCUCCAAAAUCAACUUCUCCCUUUUGCCCAAUCCAAACAAUCACAACCCUUGAUUCAAUCUCUCUCUUCCAAUAACCAAAAGAGAUUCCCAAGAUAUUGGGAUGAGCUUGUGGGUUUGGCUGAAGGUAGUGGUGUGGCUGCUCUUGAUAUAAUACUGAUUAAUUUCAGGAAAGAGAUUCUUCCAUUUAUUCCAAAGACAGAGUUGAGCAAUGAUGUUCCUACUAUGGAUGAUAUCUCAGCUGAUUGUUCAAGUGUUCUUGUUGUUAGUGAUUCCAUGGCCAUUGCUGCUCACAAUGAGGAUGCAAAUAUUGCUCUACUUGACCACACAUAUUUGAUUAAAGGAACUCUUUCAAAUGGGCUAUCAUUUCUUGCUUACACCUAUGCAGGAGAGCUCCCAAGUUGUGCAUUUGGGGUCAACAAUCUUGGACUAGCAUUUACUCUGAAUUCGGUUCCCCCAUCUGAAAAUGAGAUUGAAGCUGGAGGGAUCGGACGAAACUUCAUUUCGCGAGACCUACUCGAAGCAACAAGCAUCGAGGAUGCAUUAUCCAAAAUUUGUUCUUCUGAAGUCUCUGUGGGACAUAGUUACAAUCUAAUCGAAACACGAACACGUAGGAUUGUCAAUGUGGAAACAGCUUCUAGAAAUCGAGUUUCGAUUUAUGAGAUUGGCAAAACACCAUUCUUUCAUGCAAACAUGUAUCUACAUCUUCAAGUUCCUCAGUUACAAGAUGAGAACUCAAUAAGCAGACAAACAAAAGCAGCUGUGUUACCAAAAACUACAAAAGAAGAAAUCCUAGCCGUUCUUGGAGAUUCAGAGGACCCGAAAUACCCCAUCUACAUGACAGGUCCAACACUUUACACAUUAUGCACAGCUGUAAUAGACAUCGACCGACAAACGCUAUCGAUUAUUCAAGGAAAUCCACACAAAAAUGAAGUUUCACACAUCUUUGAUCUGUCUUCAAGAGAUUUGAAGUUGCUAUAAUAACAAAAAGCUUAUUAGCAAAUUUAUUACCUUUAAAGAUUGUAUUCAAAGAAGAGAUGUUUGUACAGCUCCUAUGCACGUUCAUAGAGCCCCAACAUGUGCCCAUCAACACAUCUCAUUGCCGCAACCUAAUCACAAUCAAAUCAUUCCAUCAUUGUUUUUUUGUUGAACUCUGAAUAACAUUAUUAUGAAGCAAACAAGUCACUGAUUUUCCUUUCUUCCCUA